AUGCCACAAAAAGGAAUCUUAGAAGUAGAAGUCUUUGACGUAUGGGGGAUAGAUUUCAUGGGACCCUUUCCAUCUUCUUUUGAAGUAGAGCAUAAGGCUUAUUGGGCCAUAAAGACCCUAAAUACAAACUACACAGCAGCAAGCAAGAAGAGAAUUUUGGAUAUCCAUGAACUAGAGGAAUUAAGACUUGACGCAUAUGAAAAUGCCCGAAUUUAUAUAGAAAGAACCAAAAAGUGGCAUGAUAAAAGGAUAGCAAAGAGAGAGUUCAAUGAAGGAGAUGUAGUUCUUCUCUUUAAUUCUCGACUUAAGCUAUUUCCAGGAAAGUUGCGUUCUAGAUGGUCUGGUCCUUUUGAGGUUAUUAAAGUUCUAAAAAGUGGAGCGGUAGAAAUUAGAGGAAAGUCGAAUGAAACAUUCUUUGUGAACGGGCAGCGACUCAAGCAUUACCACUCAGUAGAGAACAAAGAGUUUGACACUAGUUACAAGUUAGAAUAG